AUGACCCAAAUCCUCCAUGUCUCGCCCGUCGGGUGGGAUCAUAUGAAAAAUCACUGGUGGCAGUUUUCAAGGCGGCGCCCUGAGAAGGUGUCCCCCAGAGUAUCCGCAAAGAUCGAUGGGUUGGCAAACAGGCAUCUCAACUUGGCCAACCGCCCAACGGGCCAAAAGCCCUCGUCUGUCGGUAUCUACUUGGGAGGCCUGGAUGAGCAUUUGAGCGAUUAUCAACGUCGCUUCCUAGAUGAGUGGGAUAUGUUGAUUGUCGAUCCCUAUCAGUCAGGAGUAGUCGAAGCCGUUGCAACUGCUGCAGGUAAGCAGAUUCUUGGCCGACUCGAUCUUCAGGAUGUGGCUUCCAAGGAAGAUGCGGCUCUAGCGGCAAUCGAGAAGAUCGACAGCGCUCUGAGUCAGGUCUUUGAGAGAUCCGCCUUCAGCGGUAUCUUGCUCGCCAACUGGGAGAACAAGCUCUCCUCUGAAUGUUGGGCCAGCCUGCUUCAAGCCAUCCAAAAGCUGGGGCUGUCAGUCUUCCUGGAGACUGCGCCUCCAGACUUCCUCCCAGACCGGCUUGUGCUACAGAACCAGGCCAUCUCCGGCUUGGUCGUUAAGAACGCCAGCAUCCUCCCUAAUGGUCAGAAGCGGGAUUACUUCCAGCUACAGAGCAUGAAAUCAACAAUCAAGGCUUUUGUGUCUGAGGCAUGCAUGAGAGAUUUUACAGUCGUGGCUUGGGAAACGAUUGAUGACGACGCCUCUCUAUCGAAUGCCGUGGUCCGAAGGUCGCUGCAAUGGUGCAAUUUCUACAGCGCGAUCCCUUGGAUCGGCUGUAGGGCUGCCUUGAAGGACGUCAAGCUGAAUACGAAGCUGCCAGAGCCUCUUUCUUCCUUCAGCUGGCUUAAAGAGCCGGAAAUCAUGAGCGCGCACGAUCGCUGGAGGGCCAAUUCAUCCAUCGAAGACGUCAACGGUGUCGUCAGCAGCGGAUGGGACGAGUUGCUGCCAUUCUUCCCAACCUUGAGUAACCUCAUUGCAUCGUCAGAACGCGAUAACGGCGCUCACGAGGAUCUUACCAUGGCAAUCCGUGACCCUCCUGACUGGGUUUCUUUGACCAAGUCCCAAACCAACCCCCUCUCUACUUCUAUCGGAGGACUAGAGUACAACUCGUUCGGUUGCUUUCCAUUAGGCGCGGAAGCCACUGCGGGCUCCUUCGCCGAGAUCCUCAAGUCCCAGCAGCGUCUCAAAUCGCUCGGCCUGCUUCAUCCAGUUCCUCUUGCCAAAAUGCAAAGUCUGGCGACUCUCUUGCGUCAGUUUCACGACGGAUUCGCGCUUUCGGCCUGGGGCUCCUCAGAUCCAGUCCCUGGCCAUAUCAAAGAGCUUUCCAAUCUUGCUGCCAAUGAACAGCUUCGUGUGUAUCUCGGGCUCGACUCUGGGUUCCGUAAAAAUACCGAUAUUCGUUUCUGGGGUGUAUAUCACAUGGACUCCGAAGGAUUCGACGUAUUUGUGUCGAAGAAGGUGCAAGGCCUCGCUGGCACUGUUCUGCAUACUUAUCUCUCUGCAAAAGGCUGCCCUCGGCAUGUUUGCUUUGGAGCAGAAACUGCAUUGGCCAAGUGGACCAAAGAUCUCGUGGAAGAAAUUGGCUUGCCUCGUCGCCUGGUGCAAGAUAUCGACGUCCUGAGUCCCGAGGAACGACUUCUGCUCCUGCAGCACCUAUCUCUGACAGAUGCACCAAGUGACCUAACCAAGUCGAUUUGCGCGUACCUCCAGCAGCAGCUCAUAGAAGGGACAUCUCUCGUACAACUUAAGCAGGUCAACACAGUCUCAUAUCUUGAAGGGUCUGCAUCUCCGGAGACAUUAGUGAAUUCUCGCGUGAAAUGGUACCGAGAACAAGGCUGCAGCUAUCCUUCGCCCUCGGUAUGCCUGUCUCUCUUCCGUGAGGUCGAGGCGACCUUCCCUCAGAUCCUCAAGGAGCGCCGCGAAGCCGAUCUUGCUCAGAUCUCGCGUGGUUUGUGCCAGUUGAUGCAAGGUAAACAAGUCGACGCUUAUACUGAUAUCUUGGCCCUUGCGCUGUUUUGCGCUGCGCGAAAAGGAGCCCUUGAUGAAAUCUAUCAGGAGGUGACUGAUCGGAACCCAUUGUUCAAUGCUCAUUCCGAUCAGGCCGCUGCCUUCGCCGAAUCCUUUGCUCUUGGAUCUCGCUGCGAGUCCUAUUUUGACAUCUCACCCAGCGCUUUCGGAAAAUUACUGUCUGAUCGGUUCCGCAAGAGCUACAAGGACGGAGACCUUCCGGACUGGAUCAACGGCGCUCCAGAGAUGGCUACAUCGUAUGCCGGCGCCCAGAUCGAUGUCAAUCCUGAUGAUAAAGUCAAGCCAAUGCGCGGAUAUCAGCGGUUCACCUUCCUCAGUGUCUUUGCCUUCCCGGCCUUGAUCGAUAUCAUUCUCCUUACCCUCAUUGGACGUGGACUGUACCUCUCAGCCUUCAUGACUUACGAAGAGCAAAAUAGCGCCACCACUGCCUUGAUGAUUUCGCUACUGUUGUCUGGAGGCAUUGGUACCUGGAUUGCUUGCGGUGGCCCCUACUACCUCAUUUCGAUGGCUUUUGCUGCAACGAACAUGUUCGUCUUCAUCAGGCUUAUUGCCGGUCUAGCAUUCACUAUCGCCGGUGGCCUCAUUGGAUUUGUUGUGGUGUCAGGCGUGAAUGGCCCACGGGCUGGAAUUGUCUUUUACCUCUAUCUUGUCGCCUUGACCACCUACUUCUCCGGAUUUGCCUGUCUCGCGAGCUUCAGCUAUCCCGGCUCUACUUUCCUGUCUGGGCGCAAAAUCAUUUUCGCAUGCAUCCCCAUUCUGUUCAUCUCGCCCAUUGUUACCACCUUUACCGGCCACGACUCUGCGAUCUACAUUGCGGUCAUCUAUGUUUUCAUCGGAGCUCUGAUAUUGGGUCUGCGAAGUGUCGCUUCAAAAUGGGUAACCUGGUACCAAAAACUGAGGAAAACAGAUGACACAGAAAUCCGGAAAUGGUACGUCGAAACAUAUGGAAACGGAGAUGAGAAGGUAUUUGGAGGUCUCAGCGACCCAGCCGUGUUGAAGCUGUCGAGGGAGGCACUCCUGAAAGAUGUAACAGCAGAGCGUAACCGCUGGUUCUUCAGCAGGCCUACGACAAAAAGCACCCUUGUUCUUGAGCUCGCCCGGGACUGGGAAGCCACGAACUUCCUCCUCGAGUGGUAUUGCAGAUACGCAGAUGUUCCCAGACCGAUUCCCUAUAGCUCGGGGUGGAACACGCAGACCAAGGUUGCACUAGAGUCUCUCAAGGCUGCCCAACGGGGUAUCCGCUUGCACAACGCUUUUAUCCAUUGGCGUCAAUCAAGCAGGGAAAUCGGCUGUGGAAUGCUCUACUUCAUCGUCGCCCUUCUGGACAAGUGGGUGGAACUUCUCAGCGGUGGCCACCUUAUCGGUCUCUCAGCGUCCUUGACGACGGCUUACCGAAUGGCAGUCGGUUUUUCGUUGGCCUACUACUUGAUUGGGGCUGUGUUGAUUGACACCAAAGCUCAAGAGCUUCACAGCCUUGUUGGAAGCCAUACCCCGGUGCCUCUCAAAACCGCUAAAGAUAUUCGAGACUCGCAGAAGCGAGACGUGAGGUUCAAGAGAAAGGUCUACUGGAAGACACUUGGCAAGUAUCUUAUGUGGCAUUCAUGGGGCCUUGCUUUCUCAACAGCCCUUGUAUGGACGUUCCAGUCGCACAUGGAGGCAAUGGUCAUGUUCCUCUCGUACGUUGCGGCGUACACCGGCUUGCUCUGGUACCAGUACACGAAAAUAUUUACUGGCCCUCAUGCGCUGAAGCCGCUGUUGGUUGGCUCUCUCGUCGGCCUACCGCUUGGUAUCGCGCUGAAGGUCUGCCUUCCGCACUUCAUGUACUCGCAAGUGGUCGGCCUAGGAGCCGCCACAUGGACAGUCGCAUUCCUCUCGCUCAUACCGGCCAAGAUGGGAAUGCCUAAGCGCGUCGACUCCCCGGUAGAGCUUGGCAAGACGUUCCACGCUUACACCGCACCCUGGGACGAUCCCGACUGGAGCCAGCAGGAGCUGCAAACAUUUUACGAAAGCAUUUCUCUCAUUCCCUCGGACGCUCGUCUCAAGCUUGUGCCGGCUAGUCACCCAGGAUCAGAGGUGAAGCAAAUGCUUAUCUCGCGGAGAAAAGAGCCGAGAAUUGAGGAAGCGUUCCCCCACUCCCAGGAACUUGUCGAUACGGCGCUGAAAGCCUGGGAGGCUGGCGAGGUCUUGCUUGAGCUAGUUCCUCUAGGCUCAAUUGGGCCUAAUGUUCACGCACUGAGCUGUAGCACUUCUGACCAUCUGAAGAUUGCUAUCGCUGUGGGAAGAGGACUAGACCAUCGCAUCGACGUUAGUGCCAACUGCCAGGUCAUUGCCGAGACUCUUCUCCACGCUGUUGCCGAGUCGAUAAUGCAAAUACCCCAUGAACAGGCAGUGCUCGCUGAGUCGCUUGUGGCUGCUGGUGUGACGGAAACCACCGCCCGCCAGCUGCGCGAGGAAGCUGACACGCCUCUUGUUGUACGCUGGGCCAAGAAAGAGCUUCUGCGCCAAUUAUGCUUGGGCUUCGAAUGUGACUUUCACUGGGAGAAGCUGCCCAGGGCCGUUAGAAAGGCUCUUCUUGAUCGUUGCCUUGGCCAACCAUGUCGACUUUCCGAAAAGCACUACCGGUGGCUUGAGGAGAGCAUCUGUCAAUUCGACAUCAAAGAUCUAGCGGUCCACAUCGCCCGCAGCAAUCUUGCAGCUGCAGCGGCCGUCAGUAUCCUGGAUUAUGCCAACUACGGAACAGGUGAAUCGGCGACUUACAAGGAGUCCGAGACACCCGCAUAUAUCCCUUACCUGCCCAAGCAACUUCCGACAGUGGCUUACUUUAUCAUGAAACCGCUGUUCUCGGUGUACUAUAAGGUUGCUAUCGCUCUCAAAUUCGUGGUUGUCGCCUUAGUUGCCGAUCCGGAGUUCCAGCGAGAGUACAAUCAUGUUAUGAGUCCUUAUCCCGCCAUCAUUCGGGUGCCGGCUACAUUCGCGCUGAGCAUGGUCUGGAAUUAUGCCAAAAUCAUGCAAGACUUGGGGCUUACAUUCUUCCUAUUCCAUGGUCGUGACAAUGUCAAGCAGCUCUGGGAUGAGACAAAGGGUAUGACAAUCAACAUCAAGAAGAGCAGGUACAUCGUGCAGAGUCUCGAUGGGACAUUCACAGCUUUCCGGCACAAUCAACCAGAUGGGGGAUUCAAAGUCUACUACUACACUGGGACUCCCAAGACAGAGCCGCAGGGAACGAAGAGCCUCAGCUGUGUCAGUACAUACUCGAAAGACCUCCUGCUGCUCAUUCGCCAAGAGUACAAAGGUGGUAACAUUGUCAACGAAUACCACUAUGAUUACCGCACCCCGACGAAGAAGGGUAUCACCCUGAAGUUGACUGACAGGAAGGUCCCAAUGGGCCGACGAUGCGUGCGCGGGACAAACCAUCUCCAGAGCGUACAGUACAAUCGUAAAGGACUCAUCGAGGCUGGCUCUUACAUGAAGGACGGCAAUCUCAUCCGCUUCAAGUACCACUACCGAAAGAAUCCCCAGUUUGGCGAUGAGCUGCUCCGGGCUGAGUUCGCCUUGUCGCAUAUUACCUGCACUGUGUCGUGGUGUGCACCGCCGCUCCGCCACCCUGAGAAAGUCGACCGGUGGAUUCCUCAUGCAAAGGUCACCGAGGCGACCUUUGUCCAGGGCCCUGACGUCUACGAGGCACGCUGGCUGUACGAUCACAAGUUCCACCCGACCAUCUUCACUACGCUCAACGGACAGAAGAUCCAGACCCCGCCGAUGAUCGAGCAUGAUUAUCUUGGAGUUCUAGCAAAACCCAGGCUCACGAGCUUUGUGCAUGACAAUCCUCUGUUCUAUUGUGACAGUCUCAGCUCUAACAUCUUUACCCGGAUUCUUGGAUUGACGAGGAAACGCUUCCCAGUUUCAAUUUCGCGUGCUCGUUCACUUAUCUGGAAAGCUUGGAAAGAGAAAGCUGACUUUGACGGGAUCACCGUGCGCUGGAUGGACGAACGGUUGCUGCGAAGAGACAGGACACUAUCGCCAUACUGGCGCAGCCGUGACUGGGGUGAUCUUACAUCAGCAAAGAAAUACCUCGAGCUCAGGGCUGAUACCAUUGCGGCGAGCGCAGAUCUUGACGAUGGCAUUUCCAGCUGGACACCCUUGGCUGUCAAAGUUAGCGAUCUCUUCAACUUCGGUCCCGGAGGUGACGCUGUGGUCAACACGAGGUCCAACGACUUUGGAUCGGACACAGAGAAGUCCCUUCAUGUCAUGGCGGCGGAUAAUGGUACUUGGCCCAACGAAGGAGGUGGUGUUUCUGCUUGUCGGCGGGACAUGAUCAACUCUCUGCGCACAAUCAAGUGGCAUAUGAUCUGCGAGUCGGCGAACGAUUUCGGCGUGCCGAAGCAUCAGACGGAGCAGAACAUUCUCUCGCUCAAGGUGAUUCCGCUAUGGGGAAUGGACUUCCUUACACCAACGCACGGCCUCUUCAGGAACAAAUUGGACGCGGAGGUUGAGAGCGUCACGUCUGCGAAUGAUAUGGAUAUCAAGAUGAACUUUAUUCCCAUCCUAACAGCCCUCGUCAAGGGAGCCCGUGCCGUGCAUUUGUCCAAGGCCGAUAUCCGCCAGGCGACUAGGGCUUUGGUCAAUCUCAACACGUUCUUCCAGGACUCGCGGCACUGGACACAGAUUUGGAACAGCGAGAUCGUCAAGGAGAGCUGGCGGGAUCUGUGGCUUACCCAGGAGAUGCCGAACACGAUGCCUUCGGCUGAAUGGUUCAGCACUGACUUGCCCACGUUGGGAACCCUCGACGUCGCGCUUGAGCUUUGGUACCGCUAUCUGUUCAUUUUCUCGAUCCCCAUCCCCGAGAAGAUUCCCAGCGUUUUCCAAGCGUCUCACCAUAGUGUAAGUGCUUCGUAUGGUGUUGUAUGCAAGAUCAAGAGAAAUUGCACGCUGCAGAUCUGGGAUCAUGCGAUCGCCUGGCGUGAGACGAACCUGUGCCUCUCGUCCGCUCUUUGCAAGCUUUCCCCGUUUGUUCGAAAUGCGCUACUCGGUCUGAUGCGAGUCACAUCCGCUCUCACUUUGUAUCAUGCCGAUAUUAUCUCCCCGUGCGCCGACUUCUUCAACCCAGGCUGGGAAGUCGAGAUUGGAACAUGUCAAGGCACGAUUGAGCACCGCAACAUCUUCCGCCGCAAGGUCGACCCAGUCGUCAAUGGUAUCACCGACAUGCAGAAGUUCGCCCCAGUUAAGGAGAUCAAAUCCGAGCGGCCUACAGUGACGAUGCUUUCGCACGUCUGGUACGCCAAGGACAUCAAGACCGCGCUUCUCGCCGCAGACAUCAUCAUCAACCAGUGGAAGUUCGAUGACUACCACCUCGAUAUCUACGGUGCAAUCGACAAGGCCCCUACUUACUCCACCGAAUGCCAGGAAAUCAUCGCCUCCAAGGGUCUCCGAGGACGAGUGACCCUGCGCGGCACAGCUGACCCCAUGAAAGUCCUCGAGAGCACCUGGCUCUUCCUCAACUCUUCCCUGUCUGAAGGUCUCCCACUCGCUCUCGGCGAAGCAGCCCUAACUGGUGCGCCAGUGGUUUGCACUGACGUGGGCGCCUCCCUUCGCGUCCUCAGCGACCCAGAUGACUUCUCCCGUUUCAGCGCCGUCGUCGCCCCCAACGACGCACUGGCGCUCGCCAGGGCCCAGAUUUCCAUGCUCGCCCUCCUCGGCGAAUGGUCUCAGUACGCCGAAGACACCGAGCCCGCCCCUAUUCUUCCAUCAUCACCCACGCCCGAAGACGUCGCAAAGAUCACCCAGCGCAUGUACGACAAGUCGGAGCACCGCCGCAAACUGGGAAUGAUGACCCGCAAGAUCGUCCAGAAGUCUUUCAGCGGUGACCGCUACCUCCGCGAGCACGAGCAGAUGCUCUGGAUUGGCAAGUCCGCGAAAAUGAUGGCCACGCGUGCCCCCGGCCUCCACGAGCCGGCAGACAUCGCAACAGCCAUCCAGCAGACCCUCCCCAUCGAAGAGGAAGUCAUCACCAUCCCCCGCAGCGCCGUACACUCCUGGCGCUCGUCCGCGGCCUCUGGUAUGUCCACCCUGUACACGAGCUACACUAGCUCCACCACUCCCUUCUCCCACUUGAACCCCAACAACCAACCACCCACCCGCUCAAGCUAUUACGCUCCUGCACACACAUCCGCAUCCGCCAACCUCCUCACCCGCCCAUCCUCCCUCUACUCCGCCAUCUCCAACGCUUCCACAACGGACGCCUCCUCCUUCCUGCCGCUCCCCAACACCCCCCUUCCCGUUUUUGCCCCGCGGCACUCCUUCGCCCUUCCCUCUGCUCCCGGUGCCAAUGGCGGAAACGGAGGCGGGAUUUCACGCCCCCUAUCGCCUGCAGGUCGAAGGUCCCCGCUCUUCACGCGCGCUCGCCAUUCGCGAUCACGCUCCGGUAGUCUCUCUACGGGCGGGCGGGAGCAGCUCCGCGGCCUACAAAGGGAGGAUCUGCAGCAGUAUCGCAAUUCCGACGUUAGCACCAUCAUGAGGGAGGACUUCUUCCAGUCGAGUAUCUACCGCGGGAUCGAGGGUGGAAAUAACCAGGUUUAA